CUCAAUCUUCUCAACCAUUUUUCAUCAAUACAAGACAUAUGUAUAAUCAUUCUUCUCGCUAUUCAGCGAUGAUCCUGACCAAAUCAUGCAUCGCUGGAGGAACGGCAUGGCAAUGAUCUCAUCCGACCACAAGCUCCAGCAGCCGAAACGACAGGGAAGCUGCUGCGACAUCUCUCUCACAUCCACCACGGUCAUCUCUAGAGCUUCGAUGACAACCCCACUCAUCGAAGUCGCUUCCUUCGGCCAAUAUCACAGCACAGAAUAGAGUGGCCUUGCCUCAACAUGGGUGGUCUCACGACAUUGACUGGUCCGCUGGUAGCUCUGCUUUCCCUCUUCGUCUACUACCGCUCGAAUGUGUUCACGACUUUCUACACAAAUGCACCAGCUCGCAUUGUGAAUAUCCGGGCAUACGACACCUUCGAGGUCAAGUUCGCCGAUGAUGUGCGGAAUUGUGAAGAUGUCUUGUUGAAUGAGGAAGCUGGUUGGGCCUUGUUCAGCUGUGAUCCGAGUCGAGAUGGCUGGAAUACUGUUAUGGCCAACUUUGUCGACUCGAAUGCCUCUCCAAAGACCGGACUUUACAUCUACAACUAUGCCGAGCAACCCGAUACUCCACCAAAGCAGCUAAAACUCUCUGGAUCUCCAGACGAAGCGACAACCCUCCACCCUCUCGGGAUCGAAUACCAUGCCGAAAGCCAGACCAUCUUCAUAGCCAAUCCGUCCACAAUCUCAUCCCGAAUCGACAUCUACCAUCUCGAAUUUGCAGAUGGCGUCCCAACCGGUGAAGCCACUUUCGUCCGCUCCAUCCACGACCCAGUGAACAUCGCAGCACCCAACUCCAUCCAUGCCCUCAGUGCCACGGAGCUACUCGUGACGAAUAACCACUUCUUCCAAGCUCGCCAGAACCCCAUUCUAGCGAAAAUCGAGACCUAUGCGGCGAUACCUGGCGGUUCAGUGGUGCAUGUUCAGCUGCAUCAGAAUGGCUCUCACAGUGCGACUCCACUCUUGAACAUGGCUUUUCCAAAUGGCAUCGCUCAGCUCAACGACAGUGUUAUCGCUGUGGCUAGUUCUACCUUGUCAGCUGUCCGCUUAUAUCAGCUCAUUCGUGGCUCCGAAGGCUCCGCAACCGAGCUCACGUAUCUCUCGCAAAUUCUUAUGCCGUUCCUCCCGGAUAAUUUGUCUGUCACUAGUAACGGGAAGCUUCUCAUUGCGGGACAUCCUCAUGCUCCGAGUUUGGAGAUUCUGGCUAGGAAGAACGGCGUGUGUGUGGGUAGUGCUGAGGUGGAGGAAGAGGUUUGUAAGGAUGCGAGGUUGAGCUGGAUUGCGGAGUGGAGUGAGAAGGAUGGCUUGAGGGAUUUGUAUGUUGGGAAAGGAUAUGGGACGACUACGACGGCGGUGAGGGAUGAGAGGAGAGGCGUUGGUAUUGCGGGUGGAUUGUAUCAGGAGGGAAUCUUGGUGUGGAAGGAGUAG